AUGAUGAAAUUCUCUUCUUUUCUGCUUCUAGGCCUAGUUCUAAUGCUCACUAUAACCAGCAGCCAAACCACAAUCACCACCAACAAGAACACCAUCACCUCUACUACCACCACCUUCACUCCUAUUUCUGUUGUUGCUGCUGAAUCUACCAUCAGCACAGAAAAUGUCUGCAUUGAGUUGUUAACUAAAUUUGCAGUAUGUUUACCAUACAUUUCUUCAAACCCCAAUAAUAAUCUAACUAGCGAGGAAGUUCCUCCUGGUUAUUGUUGUGAUCUUUAUAUAUCUUACGGUUUGGAGGGUUCCAGUCUUUGUUUAUGUCAUGUUAUUAAAGAACCUUCUAUACUUGGAGAUCCGGUUAAUAUGACAAUGAUAUAUGAUCUCUCUAGUGUUUGUCCUUUCUUUAUUCCGCCGUAUCAUGUCGCUCUGAAUGUCAUGUGCAAAGCAAUUGCGCCGAACUUACCCCAUCUUGGAAGCAUACUUGCACCGCCUGUUGGUUAA